AUGGAGCGCCGGGCAGUGCUGCUGGGAGCGGCAGCUGCCAUCGCAGGCGCUGCGCUGCCCCAGGCGGGUGCGCUGGCGGCAGAGUGCGAGUACCAGACGGCGGCAUCGGGCCUGCAGUGGUGCGACGUCGUGGAGGGGACGGGGGAGGCGCCGGUGGCAGGGGCGCGCAUCAGGGCCCACUACACCGGCAGGCUGCCCAGCGGCGUCGUGUUCGACUCCAGCUACGAGCGCGGGCGGCCGCUCGUCUUCCAGGUCGGCGUGGGCCAAGUCAUCAAGGGCUGGGACCAGGGCAUCCUGGGCGCGGAGGGCAUCCCGCCCAUGAAGGCCGGCGGCAAGCGGCAGCUGAUCAUCCCAAGCGAGCUGGCAUACGGCGAGCGCGGCGCAGGCGGGGUCAUACCCCCGCGUGCCGUGCUGCUGUUCAAUGUGGAGUACCUGGGCAAGCAGGGCCAGCGGUAG